UUUAUUAUUGUUUCCUAUUUAAAUUAUGUAUUUUAUUGAUGGUAUUAUGACGAUUUUAUGAUUAUCUCCAAUUAACUGCAAUAAAAAGAAUAGGAUGGCUACCUUUAUCCUUUUAAUUAGAGAAGUUUCAGGAAACAGGUGUUGAUUAUAUAUUGCAGUAUAAUUAUCACAUGAUAAUUAAUAACAGCGGUAUUUAAUGACAGCCUAAUAACAUUUUUAUGAUAUCCCGUUAGUAUAGCAGCUUGAGUUAAUGCUACUGAACUCCAUGCGACAAAUGCAUACCAAUUAAAAUGUCAAGUACCGCCUCUUUUUAAAUCUAUUGCGUAAAAAGUACAUAUAUAUCUGGUAACAAACUAAAAAUAUAAUCAUAGUCUUUUAAUAUUUUUAAAUUGUUUCACGAAUUGCUCUGUAUAUCCGCUUUAAUAUUUAAUACUUUCGUCCAAAAAUGGGCACAGACCAUUGUGUCGAGUGUUCCCGUGUUGUCACUACCAGACAACAAGCACUGACCUGUGAUAACUGUGAAAGAUGGGUACACAGAGUUUGUAAUACAGGCAUUACUCAAACAGACUAUCGUCGUCUUAUGAAAGGAAAGCUUGACAUUGCAUUUACUUGCAAUCUAUGCAAGAACACAACAGAAAAUGCUCCUGUAGAAUCCACCAGAUUAGAGCAAGACAGUGAGCAACGUUCCACACUGACAGGAUAUGAUACCUUCAAUAUCUCCUUGAUUAGCAGAAAAUCAAACUCUAUAAAUUCCACAUUCACAGAAGUACCUUCAGCUACGAGCAAUCCAACAAAUCUUCCCCAUGCAUCGCCAGUUAAUACACCACACAGAAGAAUUAAAAGAGCUCGUUGUAUACAUCAGUUCAACAUGGUUCGAAGGUCGAUAUUGGUGUCCAAGAACAUGGUCAAUCUUCCAACAUUCCAUUCGCACAAAUAAUGAUGUUGAAGGUUGGCACACACGCAUAAAUUCUGGAAAGUCAAAUGUAAGCUUUUAUGUCCUUAUACCAGAGUUAAUGAGAGAAGCUGAGAUCGUUGAUCUUACUCUAAGAUUGGUAUCUGAGGAACAGGUUCUCAGACAUCAGCGACGCCGCUUCAAGGACUUGGAAGGCCGGCUCCACCAGUUCUGGGAAGAGUACGAUAGUGGCGAAAAAAUGAAAAAUACAAACAGACAAACAAUAGUACACAUGACACAACAUAGAAAACUAAAGAAUAAGCAACACAAACCCCACCAAAAACUAGGGGUGAUCUCAGGUGCUCCGGAAGUUAACAUCCUCCUGGUAACUGAAUGUUUUCAUUAAUAUGUGCAUUAGUUUUACGACAUACGAUCUAGAUAAGGAAAAAACGAGUGCCACAAUUUUGGAUAGGACUGCAUCACCUUAAAUAUGCAUAGCAUAUAUCAAUGACCAGAAAAAAAAGAAUGUAGGACAGAAAGUCAAAGAACAAAAAAAGUCACAGGACAAAAAGUCACAAAUAUUUUUUUUAAAUUUGUUUGAAUAUAUAAGAGAAAGAUCUUGCAAUGUUUUCUUUUUAUUAAUACAUUAACAUGUAUCCAUUUUAACAGUUUAGGUUUAUUAGCCUUGAUAAAUGAACAUUUAUCAGAUUUUAGGCAUAAACAACUUUUUUAUCAUUAUUGAUAUUUAUUAAGUAAAAUUUAAUUAAAAAGUUGCUUUAUUUAUAAAAGUAAAACACAUUUUUUUAAUAUUAAGUGUUUUCUUAUUUAUGUCAGAACUGACUAGUGACUUUUUGUCAUAUGACUUUCUGUCCUAUAAUAUGUUCAAUUUCUCACCUAUGGUUAAAAAAAUAUUGUUAUUUUUUUCUCAUCGUAAUUAUUAUAUAAAAUUGCUUUUUAUGAAUCAUCUCCAUAAAUAUAUUUAUUAAUGUGCCGAGUAUGUAUUGGUAAUGUGCCGAGUUUGUAUAGACCGAGUUUGUACUAUGCCGAGUUUAACAUGUCCCGAGUUUGUAGUGUGCCGAGAUGUCCUGUAUUCCCUGACCCAAUACUUCGUCGAUAUCUACUGUCAAGCAGUGAGCCAGGAUCCCAGGCUAGACGCUUUAGUUAUAAUUUGAAAUAUUAAAGUCAUCUAUGACUUUUCUACAACGAGCUUGGAUGUUACAUAAUAAGUAAUUUUUCAUGGUGAAUUCUGGUUAUAUUUGAAAGAUGUCAAAGAUUAAAAGAGAAAACGUUGAACCGAUAAAUGAGCAAGGAAGUCCUGCAACAAAGAAAGUGAAAGUAGAAACAGUUGAAACUGAAACAGCUUCAGGAAGUAAUUGUGAAGAUGUGAAUGGAGCUACCAGAAUUAAAUCAAAGGAAGGACAUGUCUUAUAUAAGUGUAGACAGUUGAUAUUAAAUAUCAAAAAUUCUUUAGCUAAACAGAAGAAGGACAAAUGUAAAGAAACCUUGGAUAAUUGGAAAAAAGAUUUGGAAGAACUCGAGAAGCAGCUAAUUAUACCAAAAGUGACCAUAGCAGUAGUAGGAGCUACUGGCGCAGGCAAAUCUAGUCUGAUCAAUGCUGUGGUAGAUCAGUUUAGUGUUUUACCGACAUCAGGAACACAAGCAUGUACAUCUGUGGUGGUAAAGAUAGAAAACAAUGAAGAUGGUGAACAGUAUGAAGCAGACAUAGAAUUUUUAUCCAGGGAGGAAUGGCAGAAAGAACAUGAUGUUCUAAUCAAAGAUAUGACCAAGAAUGAUGGAACAAUGAAGAAUAAUAGACCAGAUGAACAAUCUGAAGCUGGAGUGGCAUUCCUAAAAAUGAGAGCUGUUUAUGGACAGUUCUCAUCUCUCGAUGACUUGAACGGAGACAACAACAUCACUGCUCACCUUGGAACAAUGAAAAGUUUUAAAACAAAUACGUUACAAGAAUUCAGUUAUAAUAUAGAAAAGUAUAUAAUAAGUACUGAGGAAGAAGGACAACACUUAUGGCCGAUCAUAAAGUCUGUGACGAUAAGAAUUCCAAACUUUUUUACUGGUUGUACAUUAGUAGACUUGCCGGGAGUAGGUGAUGCUAAUGCUGCUAGAGAUAGGAUAGCACAGGAACAUUUAGAAAACUGUUCAAACAUUCUGGUUGUGGCAGAGGUGCACCGGGCCUUUAGUAGUAAAAUAGCCAAAGAGUUAAUGGGAGAGAGUUUCCGUCGACAAUUAUUUAUGGAUGGGAACUAUUCCUGUGAUAAUUAUAUAGCAUUUGUAUGUACAAAGAACGACCACUUGAACUGUACAGAAUUAACAAGGGAAUUGAAACUGGAUAAAAAUGCAGAAAUGAUGUCGCUGAAGAAUGAAUCAGAAAAAUUAAAGAAAGCUCUAAAUGCCACAGUUCCUGGAAAUGAGAGAUUUCAAAUAGAAAAAGACUUGAGCCAAACACAUCAGGCUAUGAAAGUUAUAUGUGGAAAAGCAAGAUCAGAAAAAGCACGAAAGCAGCUGAAAGAAGAUUACAAGUCAGGACUAAGGGACAUGAAGAGGUUUGCAAAACAAGGAAUCGAUAAAGAUGAUGAAGAUGAUGAAGACGAUGAUGAUGACGACAAUGAUGAAUCUGCUGAUAGUCUUAGAGUUUUCUGUGUCAGUUCAAAUGACUAUCAAUGUUUGAAAGAAAGAAAUGAGUCACCAACGGUUUUUGACAAUGUAGAAGAUACAGAAAUACCAAAAUUAAGAAAAUGGAUUAAAGAGAUGGUAGAAAGAAAGAAACAGGCUGCUACGGAAUAUUUGAUGUUUAAUUUAGCUUUCUUUUUAAAUGAAAUAAAAAAUUACCUGACGGAAAAUGAUGUUGAGUUCAAAGAUGACUCUGAGAUUGUGAAAGCUGAAGUGGAAAAAGUUUGUGAAGAAUUACAACAGGAACUGCAGAACACCUCUGUAAAACUCCUAUAUGAGUUAAGAAAAGAGAUAUCAAAGACAGAGAAUAAUCUGUCAAAAGGUGUUAAAAGUGCUGAAGAAACAGCUGUUGAUGUGUGUAAAAGUUGGGAGGAAUUGUACAAAUGGCAGACAUACAAGGCUGCAGUCAACAGACAUGGAGUUUAUAAAUCAAGAUCUGUUGGAGAAAUCAAUUUCAACUACCAAUUAGUCUCACCAUUGAUCAUAAGUAUUCUACUAAGGUGGAAAGAUUUCUUUAAUGAAGAUUUAUGGAAGAUACUAAAUAAUUACAAUGAAAUCAUUCUGGAAAAAACCAUAAGAGUUUAUAUAAGCAAACUGUCUGACAAAGUGAAAGAUUAUAUACCGUCACCACAGCUUGAAAGGCUCAAGGAAAGAAUUAAUGUCAAUGCUUGGCAAAAGUUACAUAAUAGAAUUGAUGAGCUCAAAGACUUUGUGGACCACAGUCAAAGACAGAUUCAUAGAUUGUCUUCACCAAAAAUUCAGUCAAGAUUGAAACAAAUUUAUGAGGAGUGCAGUGCUGACGAGGGAAAAGGUGUUAUACAAAGAAUGAAGAUGAAUUUGGAAAAGGGGAUAGACGCACAGAGAAAAGACAUGUUCCAAGAAGUGUCAAAAGAGAUUGUAGCAGACCUGGAAGCUCUGAUGAAAGUUAUAAAAGAAGAUAUUUUAAGUGUAUGUACCAAAUUGGUCAGAUCUAUAAAGACGACGUUUGAACCUUUGUGGACGCAUGAAGACACACAAGACCUUCGAAGUACAAUAUUUGAUGAUGUAGAUAAAGCUGAGCAAGAAUUAACAGCUUUAUGUGGCACGUUUGGUAUAAAGUUAGAUUUUGGAUCAGAAACAAGAACUGGAAGGUCAUCACCAACAGCAGGUAAGCCUAAAACAUGCUUCAGUCCAGAGGAUCUCGAUAAAGCUAUUAAACAAUCUUUAGCUGACUACUCUAAGCAGCAUGCUGUUGAAGAAAGAUUGAAGCAGUACUGUAACUUCCAUGGUAUGGAAUUCCUUGGUAGGACACCAGGCAAUGGUAAUUGUUUCUUUGAAGCUAUUUCUGCACAGCUAGAAAGACUUCAGUUACCAAGAAGAUCUCCCGAACGUCUAAGACAAGAAGUGACAACCUACUUAAAGGAAAAGCCUACUUACAAAGCCAACGAGGAGCUGGUUAACCUGAAAGAUUUUGUGGAGUUAGAAGGAGAUUUUAUGGAGUAUUGUGAAUCAAUGUCAAAGAACAUGGAGUGGGCAGAUCAUGUGAUUGUUGUUACCAUGGCAAGAAUGUUGGAGCAAAAUAUUAUCAUAGUAACCAGUUCUCCUGAGACAGAUAAAGACGACAGUUUAGUUUGGGUGGAUGGUGGAGAGGGUUGUAAUGAAAAACUUCCAUUGUUAGUAGGGCAUUACUGGGAAUACCACUACCAGAGUCUCCAGCCAAAAGAAUCAUUGAAGACAUCUCAAAAUACAGAAGAAGAAAUGAUGUUAGAUAUUAAAGAACAAAACAUGAUUGACCACACAAAUGACCAAAAUACCUCUCAGUGUGAUGAUCUUCCUACAAGAAAGAUUAAUAAAAAGUUUGUAAGAUGUGAAGAUGGUUUGACACCAGGCUGCCACUAUAUGGUCUUAGGUCUAUACGGGCUUAAAAAAAGAAUGAUAUUUGAUGGUGAAAAUUUUGUAGAACCUACAGCUAAUAAUGAUGGAGCCAACACAAGCUAAGAGGAUGGAUUGAAAAUAACAGAGGGUCACUUAAAGAGAAAGUACUCAUGAGUGUAUUCAACUUUUGAUAUGUUAUAAAAUAGGCAAAAUUAUAGUGUGUCUUUAGAGAUGAUUAUUGAUGGUUAUUCAAGUUUUUAUCCUUUAAAUAAGAAAAUAGUAAAGUAUUAUGGUGUAAAAGCAAUUUUCCAACAUUUUGAUCUCUUGUCUUCUUCUGUUUCAUUGUCUUCCUGGAUGUCAUGUUACACCAGUCACUUUAAAUGAAUUAUUUGAUAAAUGUUUUUACAUUAAGAUCCAUAAAAAUGUUAAUGAUAUUUACAGCUGUAGUUCAAAAGACCAUCAUUUUCAUAAAUAGAGAGAAAACAUACAUUGAAACAAAGUCAAUACAAAUUGGCCUGUGUGCUUGCCUUUUUAUAUAGAGGGAAAAGAUAUCUUCAAAGCAUUUAUAAAUUGAAAAGAUAGGUAUUGUUUGCUGAACCUUUUAAUGCAGUUCUCUCAUAUUCAAGUAAAGUUGGUCUUGCUUAUACAGAUAAUGGUGAAUCGGAUUAUAAAAUUUAAGUUGGAUCUACAUUUGAUUCUGACUUGUAGAAGUGGACUGACUGACAGAAAAAUACAAUGAUUUCAUAUUAUUGUGAUAUCAAGUCAUUAUCUAAAUGAUUUGUUACAGGUUAAGUAUUAAGACACUAUAUAUUUGUCUUUGUAUUAUCUUAAUUGUUGCUGAUGAGGGCAUUUAUGUUGUAUCAAGAAAUAUAGUCUUAUUGCAAAUAUAACUUUAAUUGUUUAAUACAAUACAUGUAUACUAACUUAUGUAUGGCAGAGAAUGUUAACUGUUUUAAAAUUAUCAUGUUAAAGUGUCUGUUUUACAAAAAGUUGUAAUAAGUGUGGAAAUCAAUUGAAAUUUGGUUGAUAACUAUUAGAAUGUUGAGAUACUACUUUUAAAACCAAGAUUUUUUACAUCAUCCAUUUUCACAUAUAUAUUUCACAUCAAUCAGAUGGGGAAUUCUUUGGUUUUUUUUUUAUUUUAGUUUAUUUGUUUGUCAUACAUUAUAUAUUAUACUUAUAUACUCCACCUUAUAUGUGAUGUAUUGUCCAUUUAUAAAUAAUUAAUCAGAAAUCAGAUCAUCAUCUGAUGUCACAAUUUCACUCAGUGUUAUAUUUUUUUAUCCAUACAAACUUUUUAAUAUGAUGAUGUGCAGAUUUUGUUAAAGGACGUAUUUAAUUAGUUUUCCAAUUUGGCCUCUGUGUUAAAUGAAUAUUAAUUUGUCCCUUGUCUCCCCUGACCAACAUAUAAAUCUCAGUGUCAAUGUUUCCUAUAAUAUAAUUUUCUUCUAAUUAUUAUAUUGUAAGAAAGUUUCCUAUGAAAUACAAAACAUGCCCGGCAAUCAUGUUUUUAUUAUCUUGGAAGGAAAAUACACAUACGGAAAUAUUCUAAAAUUUUUUUCUCAUUUUUCAUGACUUUUUUUACUGUUUUGUAUACUUUUUUACAUACAUUAACAAUACAAUAUCUAAUAAUUAUUUCCCACUAAUAUCCUGAUCUAAAUAGACUUUUUUUAAAACAAACAACGUCUAUUUUAUAUAUUCAUUUUAGGAAGUGAUCAUUCUUUGAUUUCUUUGCCUAAUUGAGGUAUGUUUACCCUUUAUUUACAUAGAUUAAGAUUUCCUGGACCAUUAGAGUUAAGAUCUCAGAUCUACAAGAACUCAAAUCAUAUAACUUGACAUAAUGACGCAUGUUAAGAUGUAUAGCUCUCUACAAAAUGAUUGUCUUUCUGAAAUAAAUAUUUUACAAUUUAUUGGCUUCUAUUAAGUUUUGAAUAAGAGCUCAGACCUCGGGUACAAAAUUACCUUAAUUCAUAUUAAUUGGUGAGAGGGUGCCUUUCAGGGAGUAUUGCAGCAUCCAAGAAAAGUAACUUACUCUGACCUUUUAAUGCUUUCAAUGACUUAUUAAGUUUUACAUGACUUUCAGUGUCACAUUUGUGCAUUUUCGCGUAUAAGGAUGGAAUGCUUAUAGUUUUACCUCAUCGUUCAGUGACGUCAUUUACACCGACUGACCUCAGGUAACUCAUUCAUAAAAAGCAUACGACGUGCGAGUAUGACAGAACAGCCCAAUCAAAUCAUGAUGUUGCCGAUUAGCUGACGUGCAAUAUAUUCAUAUUUUACCACUGGUGUGUACUCAAAGCGUUUGAAGAACAUCAUAUUAGAAUUUACAUAAUUAGAGUUGAUACAAAUUUGAUGAAUUCUAAAACAGAUUUUUGAAGACAAUAUACUUCAAUUGAGGUACCACAUAGAGGCUUCAAAAGGUGUCAUUAUGGAGAACAGGGGAGGUCGUCAAAAUGUGUCAUUAUAGAGAAAAGGAAAGGGGUAGGCAUCAUUUUGGAGGAAAGGGUCAACAUAAAAUCUAAGUUCAUUUGUCUUUUAUUUUGUCAUAACAAUCUGAUUCUUUUUUUUAUUGAAGUUUAAUUGUACUUAUUGAUAAAUGUUUUUGUUUGUUUUGUUAUUAUAAAUGUAGAAAGUCUUAUAACAACAACACUGGAGGGACUGCUGCAGAAAAUUUAUUGAUCGACAUGUUUCGGUGCCUAGGGCACCGUCAUCAGGAUACAAAUAAUACAUUGAACAUACUUAAGUGUACAAUCGGGUUGUCUUGUGACAACGUCAUAGUAUAGUAGUUGUUAUGAAAGGGAAGUAAUAGUGAAAGUAUAAAUAGAAAAUGUAUAUAAAUAGAUUGUCAACAUGAAAAUGAAAGUAAAUUAAAAUUGUUUGUAUAUCAA